UGCGUUAUGGGCACCGUGUACGAGGUACAAUCGUCCUUUGUUCGUCCGACCACCGACAUAUACCAACAAACAACGGGUCGUGAGAUGAAUCCCGAACAUUUGGUACUCCUCCGAGCGGCGUGGAUUUUCAGCCGCACGAUCGAUCCAUAUCCAGCAACAGGCACCUAGCCGGUCGUCGAAAUGCACUCCAAUCAUAAUGAAACCCGUUGUCAGUCGUACAGACAUGGAUAUUCUCUCGUGAGGGCCAUGUACCACCAACUCCCACACGCAUUGAGACAUGUGGAUACUAACCAGUGGCAACACACCAUGACUCUGCCACCAACUGUGGAU